UUCUGAGCAAAUAAAUUUUGUUAAUGGACAUGGAAAGUUGUUUCUUGUGUCGGGAGACUUAUAGUGGGGUAGUCAAAUAUAUUAGAGUGAAUUCAACCCAAUGGCAAAUAAAGAAUUUAAAAUAUUUAAUAGAGAAGCACUUGUGGGUAAUGGAUCAUAUACAACAAUCCAGUUUAGUUUGCUCCAACUGCUGGCAGGUAUUAAACGAUUUUCACAACUAUUAUUUAAGUAUAAAAGAAGCCCACUCUAAACUAGUCACUGUAAUGACUACAGAUAAUGAGCCUUUAUUAUCUAAUAUUCAGUUAAAAUCUGACUUUAUGGGUAUAUUUGAAAUAAAAGAUGACUUAAAUAAAGAUCAAACAUUGCCUAAUAGUCAGCUAAAAUAUGUUUCUAAUGAAAUAUUUGAUAAAGAUGCCCAAGUAAGAGAUAAUUUCGACACAGAAAUAUUAAUAGAACAACCUUUACCGGCAGAUUUUGUUAUUGAAAACAAGAAUAUCUACAUUAAAAAGGAACAAGAUCAAGAAUUUUUCACUGAUAAAUUGCAGGAAAAUGAAACACGUAAACAAAAGCCAUAUAAUACUGAAAUGGAUGAAAUUCUGGAAAUGAUGGAAGAUCCCUUGAAUAAAAUGAAACAGCGAAAGUCAAAAAAAGUCAGGGAAGUAACUAAAAAAUCAAUUAAUCUACACGAAAAAAACGAAUAUGAAGUUAUUAAAGAUGAGUCUAAACUUUUAGAAUCUCGUGACAGUACGGAUUCUGAAGAAGCAGAAUCAGAAAAUCAUAGUUAUUUGGAACCAGUGAAAAUAACUAAAAAGAAACGUAAAAAUCCUGAUGAGAAAACUGGACAAGAAUAUGAUAGAUUUAUAUCGGACAACUUUCAAAUAGUGUGCAGUUUUUGUCAUGUUUCCCUCGAGAAUUUUAUUGCAUUGCGCAAACAUUUUCGAGAAAAACAUAACAAACGUGGCUUUGUGAUUUGUUGCAAGAAAAAAAUUUUCUCUCGUCCUCUCCUCGUUGACCAUAUACACAUUCAUUUGGAUCCCAACUAUUUCAAAUGUCAACAUUGUGACAAAGUCUAUUCGGAGCGUAGUACUUUGGAAACUCAUGUCAAAAUACAUGAGAUGGGUCAGCUAGAUCGCAAUCAUAUUUGUGAUAAUUGUGGCAAAAACUUUGUGGGUACUACACAAUUGGAAAAUCAUAAAAGAAUACAUGAGCCCGGUUAUCAGAAGCAAUUUUCCUGCCCAGAAUGUGGCAAAUUUUUUACAACAUCCUACAGUUUAAACUAUCAUAUACAAGCAAUACAUCACAAUAAAUUUGUAAAUAUCUGUGAUAUAUGUGGGAAAACCAUGCGUUGCCGAAAUCAAUUUAAAUUGCACAUGGAAAAACAUAACAGCAAAGAAUCCAUGUCAAUGAAUUGUGACAUUUGUGGUCUACGUCUAACCGAUAGAAGGGGUUUGAGACGUCACAAGAAUUUACAACAUCCAGUCGGUGGAAAGAAGGAUUAUUCUUGUCAUUUAUGCUUGAAAAUAUCACCUAAUCAAGAAGCUCUAAGAACACACAUUCGUCUCACUCAUAGCACAAGUUAUAAUCAUAAGUGCACAAUGUGCGAGAAGGCAUUUAAAAGGCCAUAUGCUUUAAGGGAACAUAUGGCUACACACACUGGUACUGCUUUGUAUACAUGCCCAUGGUGCCCAAAAACCUUCAUAUCAAAUGGUAACAUGCAUAAUCAUCGCAAAAAAGCACAUCCACAGGAAUGGGAAGAAGCUCAUCGAAAAAAAUUUGCCAACAAUUUGCAAUCCGAUACAAACUCAAAUGUAAAAGACAACUUGUGUACUGUGUAAUGCUUAAAAAACGUAAAGAAUAAAUCUGGUUAUUAAUCAUUUUAAAUGAAACAAUUACGUGGACAUCUGUGUUUGGGAUAUAUACCUAAGAUUCGUGAUUCACGAGAUUGAACACGUUAUUAAAGGACACAAAAUAUUUUAUUUAACAUGAAAAAUAGACCAGUCUAUUAUACAAUAUGUGAAGGUAUUUGAGAAAUUUCUGAUGAACAAAUUAACAACGCUCUUAUAAUGAAAGCAGUUGUGUUUCAGAUCAUCAAUAUGGAUUUAAGAAGAUGGAAUAUAUUGUUCCGACCUCUUUGUGUAUAAAUUGAGACAAAAUGUACUUGGGGAAGAAUAAGUAUAGAGUAACGGUUCUAAAUUUUAUACUUAAGGAGGUUUGCAAGAUUUUCACAUCCCUUUAAUGCCUGUACCCCUCGUUUAUUCGAUGACCGAAUAAAAGACAUUGCAGAAAAGUAAUCUCCAGUAUAUUAGUACUAAGAACUCACAAUAAAUUUAUAUCUAAUAUUAACAAGAAUUAUUUUUAAAUAAACAUUAUGCAAGUCAAUUAAA